AUCGCGGGCGGAAGCUAGUUUCAUAAUAUAUUCUUCCACCAAUAUAUAUUAUCUUCUCAUAAACACCCAAUCAAAAAAUGCUCACUCAUGUAAUAUUCCACUUACGACACCGGCUUGCAGUACAUACGUAUCUGUCUACCAUACACCUAUUUUAUGAUUUACCUAGUACCUCUCCGAAUGACCAUUACAGCCAUCAUAGAUAGGCCUAUCUACCUACGUGCUAUCAUAUUAUUAUCAUUUACGAUAUACCUAAUUAAAUCAAAAACUGACGAAGUUAAAAUAGUAUCAACAAGCCUCUACCGAGAUUUUACAAAACCCAAUGCCACCGCACCGCAGUCACUUGCCGGUAUUCAUACGAAGCGGGCAACUCGCCGCGACCAUUACGCGAUCAAUCAAAAUGAAGUUUACGUUUUUCAUUUUGUUCGGAAUAAUAACUACUAGCCAAGCACUUAAUAUACUAGGAAUAUUCCCAUACCAAGGAAAAAGUCAUUUCAUCGUGUUCAAAGUUUAUUUGCAAGAAUUAGCAAACAGAGGGCAUAAUGUAACUGUGAUUUCUCACUUCCCUGAAAAGGAUGCUCCUAAUAAUUACAAGGACAUAAGUCUGGCUAAAAGUGCUAGCCCCAUUGAAGAUAGUGUGCCUGUAGAAAGGUCUUACUUAACUAUACUUGGUAUGCUUUAUUACUUAACAGAUACUGGAAUAGAAAACUGCGAAGCUAUGUUGGCGAACCAGGAAGUGCAAAGACUAAUUAAAGAAAAAACUAAGUUUGAUGUAGUUGUUUUAGAACAAUUCAAUAGUGACUGUGCUUUAGGUAUAGCAUACAAAUUAGGAGCUCCGGUUGUCGGAACAGUAGCUCAUAUUCUGAUGCCUUGGCAUUACCAGCGAUUAGGAAUUCCGUACAACCCGGCGUAUGUUCCUUUCCAUUUCCUUGAAGGUGGGACAAAGCCUUCCCUCUAUCAAAGAGUUGAAAGAACUUUAUUCGACAUUGGAUUCCGGUCACUUUAUUACCUUCGCACCCAAAGGAGUAAUGAAAUUACUCUAGCGAAGUAUUUCGAUGACAUACCACCUUUGGAAACUCUAGCUCGAGAGAUCAAGUUCCUGUUGGUCAGUCACAAUUUCAUGUUGACUGGGUCAAGGUUGUUUCCAGCCAACGUCAUAGAGGUCGGUGGAUAUCAUGUAUCUAAAGCAAAACAGUUGCCUGCGGAUUUAGAAAAAUUCAUCCAAAGCUCCGAGCACGGUGUAAUUUAUAUUAGUUUUGGGUCGGUUGUGAAGAGUUCAUCGAUGUCAGAAACACAGAUUCAAGCUAUAUUGGGGGCCAUGGCAAAAUUACCACAAAAAUUUAUAUGGAAGUGGGAAAGUGACACGUUGGUAGCCGACAAAAAUAAAUUGUAUGUUGCGAAGUGGUUACCGCAAGUCGACAUAUUAGCUCAUCGAAAAACAUUAGCAUUCAUGUCUCAUGCUGGCAUGGGUGGGACAACAGAAGCCAUUCACUACGGAGUACCUAUGGUCGCUAUGCCUAUAAUGGGAGAUCAACCUGCAAACGCAGCAUCAAUUGAAGAAAGUGGACUUGGCGUCCAAUUACAAGUCACAGAACUCACCAAAGAGAAUUUAUUAGCUGCAUUUAAGAAAGUGUUGGAUCCGGAAUUUCGUGAAAACGUUAAUCGCCUUUCAAAAGCUUGGCACGAACGACCUCUGUCUCCUUUGGACACGGCUGUAUUCUGGACUGAGUUUGCGGCAAAGCAUUCUAAAUUCACUUUUAGGACAGCCGCGGCGGACGUGCCUUUCUAUCAAUACAUCAAUCUAGAUGUCUACACGAUCCUAACAUUGAUAGCAAUGUUGCCGGUUAUUGCUGUAUGGAUCUUGUGUUGCAGAACGAAGAAAGUAGUCGAUGCCAAGAAUAUAAAGAAAAAUUAAAUUAAUCCAAUAUUGU